AUGGCUGCUUCUCUAAGCCUACAGGACGCUGCUUUCCGGGACAGGGUUGCAUCUGACCUUGCAAAGCGCUCGCGUCAGCAAAGAAAGUAUCACACAAAACGUGGUGCACAGAGAGCUGGACGGCCGCAAGGCAGCAAAGCAAAGCAGGACACACGGGUCAAAGUUGACAAAAGCGGAAUAUGGGAGUAG